UUUUCCUAAUUUCUCUACCAACAUGCAAAUCACCCAAUUUGUGGCAUUUUUUAACAUCCUUGGCUUUGUUGCAAGGCAUCGUCAAACUAAAAAUCCAAGUGUAAUAUGUAGCCGAGCAGAAACAUGUUAUAACGUAGUAUAUGUAUAUGUAAUGCACCAAACUCUUGCCACACAACACCAAUAGCCACUUGAACAAAGCCUACAAAAUAUAUAAUUGGAAAGGGUUGAACAAUUAGAUUGUUAUUUGUUUAGAUGAUGGAUCUUCAAAUUGUUUAUUAGGUUUUUUUUUCAAACUUAUUUUUUAACUUUGUUUUAUUGGUUGUAUUAUAAAUUUGUCAUCUACAUUUUUAGAAUAUGGAUUUUCAAUGCAAAGUUCUUGAGCUAUUUUUGGAAGACAUUGUGGAGCAAACUAGGCAUGAAGCUUUUGUUUUCUACGACUUGGCAUCAUCAAACAGAUAGACAAACUGAAGUGGUGAAUCAUACUCUUUUCCAAAUGUUGCGAGCCGUGAUCAAGAACAAUAUCAAAACUUGGCAAGACGUCCUCCCACAUGUCGAGUUUGCUUACAACAGGGUUGUGCAUUCGACCACAAAGCACUCACCUUUUAAACUCAUGUAUGGGUUCAAUCCACUUAACCCCUUGGAUUUUACAUCUUUACCGUUGAAGGAACAAGUUAAUAUGGAUGGAGCAAAGAAGGCUCAGUUUGUGAAGACUCUCCAUGAGAAGACGAGGUUGAAUAUUGACAGAAGGACAAAGCAGAUGAUGAAGCACACCAACAAAGGUAGAAAGCCUCGAUCAUUUGAAGCUGGAGAUUGCGUAUGGAUGCACAUUAGGAAAGACAUUGAAGGUGAUCUGCAUCAUGAUCGUGGUGGAGCUAUUUUGGAGGACGCUCGGAGUUUGCCUUCUUCGUUUAGCAGGGUUUCUUACUGUUUUGUUUCUUGUCAACUCAAUAGGGUUGCCCAUCAUGUGGCACAAAAGGCCCUCUCAUCGAGAGUUCGACUCCCGUGCAUUUCUUUUUUCAUGUGUGUCUGUUUUUUCAACUACUAACUUUGCAAAAAAAAAAAAAAAAGAUAUAUUUUCUUACCAAAGGAGAUCCAAACUACUGCCUAGAAGUGAAGGUCCCUUCCAAGUGAUUCCGAAAGUUGGAAGCAAUGCCUAUAAGAUCGAUUGCCAGAGGAGUAUGGGAUAAGUGCAUCUUUCAAUAUUUCUGAUAUUGCACCUUACAUGGAUGGCAAUUUGGAUUUGAGGUCAAAUCCUUUUGAAGAUGGAGGGACUGAUGAGGUCAUCAAUGACAAGCUACAACGUCACAAGAAGGUCUAAUCACUCGUCUUAAGGCUAAGUAUGAAGCUAAGCGAGGAAGUCACUAGCUAUUUGGAUCUUCAUCUUGAUGAUAUGGACGUGGACCAUCACAAAGGGAAGUCCAUUAUGGUAUUUCAAUUGAAGAGGAUCAUAUGAGCUUAGAGGAUGAAGGUAGCGGCCAAGAAGAGAGGAAUGGGCUUUUGAGAGUUUCUUAGUCCAAAAGGAAGAUCAUUUCCUUAACCUACAAGGAAUGAAGGUGUGAAACAGAUCUCAAGUGUGAAUGUAAUAGGGGGCCGGGUUUUGAACGCAUGUUUUAAGGAGUUGAAUGGGUCAAAGUAGGUUUUCCUUUUACUCGUAGGAUUUGGUUAUUAUUUGCUCUCUUUGUUUGUUUUGGAAUUGUUUUAGAUAGUCCAUAAAUAGGGCCAAGUUCUAGCUUGUCAAUCAUCAACUUUUUAUCAAUCAAUUCAAGAGUUUUACUCAAGUUCCGUAAGAAUAAAUAGAAAUAUUUUGUUCAAGCUUCUAUCGAGAGUCUCCAGGAAUUUCGCGUCUCUUAUCAACUAGAGAACACAUAUAUUUGUAGUGAGCAUCACCAUUAUCAAUUACCCUUUUCCACGAGUUGGUGUUGUCCGAUUGGUUUAACAUACCAAUUGCUCUUCAUCACGGUUGGGUUUGUCCAAUUGAUCAUCCUAUCCUUUAUUUAAUUUUCGAAUUCAAGAAAAGCGGCAUCAAGAAAAUCAUAAAAAGAUCCUUAUACCUGAUUUGGUCACAUCAACUAGUAAACAUAUUACAAAGCGAACAUAUUCAAUUAAACUUCCAGAACAGUCUCCGGGGACUCUUCCUAAAUGUUCAGAUAAGGCAAAGCUGAAAAAAGAGUUUGAAAACACUAAUAGCAAAUUAUUGGAUGACAGAGAACUAAGACAUGACACAAUAAACCCCUCCAGGCUACGAGCUAUAAGCAAGAAUACACUAUAUCAUCUUUAACUGCGGGUUCUCUAUUUACAACCGAUUGCUUUGCUCCCCCGGAGCCUUGGCUGGAACAAAGUUGCGGUGGCUGG